AUGGCCAUUAUCAAAACUCGAGCAAGAAGAAGGGAAUGGGGAUCUGAUUCUAUGCCCCUUGUGAUCAACAAUGGUCAGUCCAGUGAAAGUGAGGAGGAACCCAUUGAUGCCAUUCCCUUGAGGCAGGUUCCUUUUGCUAAAUCUAGACCUCAACCAUCCACUCAAACUCAAGCUACUGUAAUUGUGAAGUCUGAGCCACAGCCCCCUCCACAAUACCAAUUUGGCCCUAGAAUGACAAGAAGCAGAGCAAAGGGUCUGACCAAUUUCAAGCCCAUUAAGCAGAAGAAGGGCACUAUGAUCAAUUUAUCAGAUGAUAGUGAUUCACCAUCAAAGAUGCAAGGUGUUCAGGGCAGUACAAGCAGACCAACACAAGAGGAUUCAGCCUCUUUGAAUGCAAUGGCAGAUGCAGCUACUCAAGUAAGCACUCAGAGCAUACCUUCAACCAUCACAGAGAGGCUCCAAACAGGUUUGAGAAUUACUAGACCCUUAACUAUGGAUCUAUUGUCUAGUUUUCCUGUAUACCCUCAAGCCAGUGUUGGUUUUAUGUUGAGAAAGACUGUAGAUGAAGCCAUGGCAGCCUCUAAUGACGUUUUGGGGAUAAGGACAGCAACUUGUGCCCCUGCUAUAGCCAUGAUCCGAACUCAGCCUUCUAUGGCUGCUCAAGCACCUAAAAAGGGAAAUUCAUCCCUUAAGCAUUCUGUUAGUGAUGCUUUGGCAGCCAUGGAUAGGAUGAUUAGAGAGGAACCAGAGUGUGAUCCAUCCCCUAUCCAACCACCUGUUACCACCAUCCAUGCACCCACUAUCACUAGAGACAUACCCAUUGAAUUCAAUUUCAUGGACUCACCACAUUUUACAUCUAUUCCUAUUUCAUCUACCACUGUUGAACCCACCAUACUUGACCAUCCAACCACUACCCAAACAGUUUCUAAGACUGCCCAUGUUGAAACAGUCACCACCAGCCCAAUAUCUUCACCAAUCCAGCCCACAACCACACCAUCUACACCUACUGAACCUAUUAUCCCUUUGCCACCUACUGUAUCCAUCCAAGAACUAGACUUUUUCUUAGGUCUAUCACCCACUAAUCCCAGCCUUACAUCCUUUGAACAUAAUGAAGACCCUUAUGACCCACAAAACACCCAUGUCACUCAAACACCACCACCCUCACCCCACCCCACCCCACCCCACCCCACUCCACUCAACCAUUCAUGCCUAGUCCAAACCAACCCACUAGCCCUAUACACUCUGGGACUCAUGACUACUAUGAAGGUGCACAUUUUUCUCAUCAUAGCCCUGAGCAUAGCAGCCCACAUAUUGAGAAAGAAAGGGAAGAGGUUGAUACAGGUGCAAGUUUGA